AUGGUGAAGAGGAAAAGCUUGGAUGACAACGAGCCGGAGUGCGGGAAAGGAAUCCCGUUUCCCAUCCAGACCUUCCUGUGGCGGCAGACCAGUGCGUUUUUGCGUCCUAAGUUGGGGAAACAAUAUGAAGCAUCUUGUGUGUCCUUUGAGCGUGUCCUGGUUGAGAACAAGCUACACGGCUUGUCGCCGGCCCUUUCCGAGGCGAUUCAAAGCAUUUCCCGAUGGGAGUUGGUCCAGGCUGCCCUGCCGCAUGUUCUGCACUGCACCUCUAUCUUGCUGUCCAAUAGGAACAAACUUGGUCAUCAGGACAAACUGGGUGUGGCCGAAACCAAGUUGCUCCACACGCUGCACUGGAUGCUCUUGGAUGCCGCCCAGGAGUGCAACCAUGAGCCCAGCCUGAGCCACGGUUGGUCUGCCGGUAGCAGCGGUGGGGGCGCCUUCCUGCAACCCGUCGGAAACCAGGGCUCAUCGCCAGGCGCACCAGGCUCCUGCUCUAGCUCUGCCCUAGGAGGGUCUGGUCAACAUCACAGCAGUUCCCUGCUCGAAGAGGAUGAGCAUGCUCGCACCAAGUUGUUCCACAAGAGCAUGGCAACCGUGGAGCUCUUCGUGUUUCUCUUUGCGCCUCUGAUUCACCGGAUAAAGGAGUCAGACUUGACCUUUCGCCUGGUCAGUGGUCUCAUAAUUUGGCAGCCAAUGUGGGAGCACCGCCAGCCUGAUAUCCCCGCCUUCACAGCCCUCAUUAAACCGGUCCGAAACAUUGUAACAGCAAAAAGGAACUCCCCGAUCAGUAACCAGUGUAGCCCACGUGGGUCUGGAAACCCUGGUCCCAUGGGCUUUCAGGUUGUCUGUGAGGCUGGCCAUUCCGAUUCUUCUUCUUCCUCAGCUGCAGGAGAGCACAGCUGUCGCCGCGGUAACUCUGUGGAGAAAAGCGGUCCUUCCCAGCAACCACCACUAAUCAAAGGACCCACCAAGAAGAAGACAUCAGCCCCCGCUGGCAUACCAGUAUCACUGUCUCAGCGUGCUCGCUACGCCACCUACUUUGAUGUUGCGGUCCUGCGCUGCCUUCUGCAGUCUCACUGGACUGAGGAGGGGGUGCACUGGGCAUUGAUGUACUACCUCCAACGGCUGAGACAGAUUCUGGAGGAGAGACCUGAACGUGCGCCAGAACCGCUCGUCACUCCUCUGCCACGCCCGCGAAGCAGCUCCAUGGUGGCCGCCACCCCUUCAUUGGUCAAUACCCACAAAACACAAGAUAUGAGUCUUAAAUGCAACGAGGAGGGUAAAUCUCUGAGCACUGAGACGUUCACCAAGGUAUCCUUAACCAACCUUCGGCGCCAAGCUGUACCUGACCUUUCAUCUGACCUUGGCUUGAAUAUCUUCAAAAAGUUUAAAAAUCGGCGUGAGGACCGAGAGCGGAAGGGGUCAAUUCCCUUCCAUCACACAGGGAAGAAGCGCCAACGCCGUAUGGGCGUCCCCUUUCUGCUCCACGAGGACCACCUGGAUGUCUCACCCACCCGCAGCACGUUCUCAUUCGGAAGCUUUUCUGGCCUGGGCGAUGAUCGACGUACUCUGGACCGUGGGGGCUGGCAGGCCACCAUCAUGGGUAAAUUCACGCGUCGGGGCAGCACAGACACAGCCGCCGACGCCGACAGCCUGAGCACCAAACACUCGCAUUCCCACCAUUCACUUCUCCGAGAAAUGCCCGACCACUCUAAUAGCCACAGUGAGAACACCGUCAAAGAGGUUCGAUCCCAGAUCUCCACCAUUACUAUGGCCGCGUUCAACACAACCGUGGCGUCUUUUAACGUGGGCUAUGCGGACUUCUUCACUGAGCACAUGAAAAGACUGUGUAACCCUGUGGUGGUCCCAGAGAUGCCUGUGGAGCCGCUGGCCUGUGCCAACCUUCCUCGCAGCCUGACUGACUCCUGUAUUAACUACUCCUGCCAAGAGGAGGGUGACAACAUCGAGGGCACCAAUAACUUUGUGCUAAAGAAUGGAAUGUUGGAUCUUACAGCAGUGCUGCGUGCCCUCUAUGCUGUCCUCAGCCAUGACAUCAGCUCUAGGAUCUGUGAUGUUGCGCUCAACAUCAUUGACUGCCUGCUGCAACUGGGCGUUGUGCCCGGGGUGGGUAAAAAGCUGUCCAAGCCUGACAACAAGGAGAAUGAAGAGGUGCGAGCCAAGGACGCAGUUGGCCACAGCCUUGGAGGAGGAGGCGGGGGAGGAGGUGGUGGUGGAGAUGGCGGCAGCGGAGGAGGAGGCGGAGGGGGGAGCGGCGGAGGAAGUGGCCAAGGAAGCAAGGAUGAUGUGAAGAAUAAUAAGGACAGUGACAAAAAGGAAGAGAGUUCUUCCUUGAGCACCCACCGGCUGGCCCUCUCCAUGCUCAUCAAGAUAGUCAAAUCCCUGGGUUGUGCUUACGGAUGUGGCGAGGGACAUCGUGGCCUUUCGGGAGAUCGCCUGAGGAUGCAGGCUCAAAACUGCUUGACAAACCUUUACAAGCUGGACAAGCUGCAGUUUCGCCAGACAAUGCGUGACUAUGUCAACAAAGACUCUCUGAAUAACAUUGUGGACUUUCUUCAUGCUCUGCUGGGCUUCUGCAUGGAGCCUAUCACCGACAAGUACGGCAGUGCAGGUGAGAGGUCCAGGAGGGCGAAAAAACGAAACAUCGAUAAAGCGGGGUUUGGGAACAAUUUCACCACAGGCGACAACAAGUCCUUGGCGCAGAACAUGGAGGCGGUGGUUGUGGGUUGCAUGUUCAAGUCGUUGAUCACCCGCUGCGCCUCCACGACACAUGAGCUUCACAGCCCUGAGAACCUGGGUCUGUACUGUGACAUUCGCCAGCUAGUGCAGUUUAUAAAGGAAGCUCAUGGAAAUGUUUUUCGUCGUGUGGCCCUGAGCGCGCUCCUAGACAGCGCUGAGAAGGUCACAGCUGCCAAAAAACCAGAGGAUAGAGAUGAGAGCAAAUUGCAAGCACCAAGAAGGUCAGAGGCAGGUAUGUCCGGGGUGAAGGGUCAGGUGUCCAGUGCUGCAGAUGAGUGUCGCAGCUACAUCUCCAGCAGACCCCCCCAGACCCCCGAACAUGAGGAGCAAAUCCCGGGAGCUCUGCUUGGCAGAAAAGACUUUUGGAGGAAGAUGUUUAAGUCGCAGAGUGCUGCCAGUGACACCAGCAGCCAGUCGGAACAGGACACAUCGGAAUGCACCACCGCCCACUCUGGCACCACCACAGACCGUCGCUCCAGAUCGAGAUCCCGGCGUAUUUCACUUCGUAAGAAACUCAAACUGCCCAUAGGCAAUUGGCUGAAGCGUUCAUCUCUCUCCGGACUUACUGACGGUGUGGAAGACCUAUUAGAUAUCAGCUCAGUUGAUAGACUCUCUUUUAUACGACAAAGUUCAAAGGUGAAGUUCACCAGCGCAGUCAAGCUGUCAGAGGGCGUUGCCACCGGGCCAGAGUACGGCAGGGAUGAGGAAGAGAAUUUCUUCAAGCGGCUCGGUAAAUGGAGGUCUGGCAGGAGGAAUCCAUCCAAGCUUCACCACACAGAAGAGAAAGAUGGACCCCAUGGUUUCCAGGAGCGUCUUGCCGCCAGUCAGGAGGCCAUAAAAAACAAAAAUGUUGUGAACCUGGGUGCUAUUCGACAGGGCAUGAAACGCUUCCAGUUUCUGCUCAACUGCUGUGAGCCCGGGACCAUACCUGACGCUUCAAUCCUUGCCGCUGCUCUAGACCUGGAAGCGCCCAUCGUAGCUCGGGCAUCCCUCUUUCUUGAAUGUGCUCGAUUUGUUCAUCGCUGUAACCGUGGCAAUUGGCCAGAGUGGAUGAAGGGACACCAUGUUAACAUCACCAAGCGAGGCCUGUCCAGGGGGCGAUCGCCCAUAGUGGGAAAUAAAAGGAAUCAGAAACUCCAGUGGAAUGCAGCAAAGCAUUUCUGUCAGUGGGGAGAUGCAAUUGGCACGCGGCUGAGCGAAUUGUGCCACUGCGACAGCGAAAGUCCUGCCAACAUCCUGGGGUACAUCUACGAUGAGGAGGCGAAACGGAGAAUGAGGAAGGAGGAUGAGGAAGAGGACUACUUAGAUGAUAACACAGUCAAUCCGACAAAGUGUGGCUGCCCUUUUGCCCUGAAAAUGGCUGCUUGCCAGCUGCUAUUGGAAAUCACCACCUUUCUACGAGAGACGUUCCCUUGCUUGCCGCGACCACGCACGGAACCACUUGUGGAUUUAGAAAGCUGCCGUCUGCGUCUGGAUCCCGAGCUUGGACGACAUCGCUAUGAGAGGAAGAUCAGUUUUGCAGGCAUCCUUGAUGACGAGGACGGCCAUGACUCGCUUAACAGUAGUAGCCACACUCUGAAGUCAGACACCAUGUGUGAUGAGAAAAAGGUUCAAGAGGCCACAGCUCCGACCAGGAAAAUUCGAAUCGGCGGCUCGCGGCUCCUCCAGAUUAAAGGAGCCCGCAGUUUCCGUGUGAAAAAGGGGGGGUCUUUGUCUUCCAUACGGCGGGCGGGCAGCCUGAAGAGCACCAAGAUGUCCCGACAGGAUUCAGAAUCAGAAAAUGAGGAGGGGAUACUUUCACAAACAAACAGCAGGGAUACUGUGACAGACAUCGGUAGUCCCUGUAGCACUAGUGAACCCAGCAUCGAGCCUGAGGGCCAGAGCUCAAGCGGAACAGAAGACAACUACCACCGCAACAUGUCAUGGCUCCACAUCAUGAUCCUGCUGUGCAACCAGCAGAGCUUCAUCUGCACUCACAUUGACUUCUGCCACCCGCGUUGCUACCAGCACCACAACCGCUCCUGUGCCCGCCUUGUGCGGGCCAUCAAGCUAGUGUACGGUGAGACGGUGGACAGUCUAAGAGAAGACAGCGGCGCAACGGCCGCCGGCAUCAUGAGUGCUCGUGCUCAGAAAAACAAAGAGUGUUCUGACAAAUCAUGUCUGAGAACGCCAUCCAUGAAAAGGAGACCCACUGACAGCAACACAGAAGGAAAGAAGGACACUGGGAUGUUAAAAUACAUCAGGAACCAAGUGAUGAGCUUGUCGCCAGCUCCCUUGUCACUGCUCAUCAAAGCUGCUCCCAUCUUGACUGAUGAUAUGUAUGGAGACAUUCAGCCUGCAGCUUGGGAGCUCCUGCUCAGCGUGGAUGAACAUAUGGCAGCAGCUUCAGCCGCCAUGUUUCUCCUGUGCGCAGUCAAGGUCCCCGAUGCCGUGACUGAGAUGAUGAUGGCCGAGUUCCAACACCACGAGGCCUGCCAGCGGAUUAACUCUAUCCUGAAAUUCUACACGCUUUGGCGAUUCCGCUACCAGGUGUGGCCUCGCAUGGAGGAAGGAGCCCAGCAGAUCUUCAAAAUUCCGCCACCCAGCAUAAACUUCACCCUGCCAUCUCCCAUACUUGGCAUGCCCUGUGUCCCCAUUUUUGACCCCCCAUGGGUUCCCCAGAACACCGGAAGUGUCCAAGACCCAAUCAAUGAGGACCAAUCUAAAUCCUUCUCAGCACGGGCAGUGUCACGCUCCCAUCAACGAGCCGAGCACAUCCUAAAGAACUUGCAGCAGGAGGAGGAGAAGCGACGCCUGGGUCGUGAAGCCAGCAUCAUUACAGCCAUCCCUGUAGCGCAGGAAGCAUGCUACGAGCCCACGUGCAGCCCUCCGUCAGAGCAAGAGGAGGAAGCAGAAGAAGUGGUGAACCUGGCGUCUCGCCGUCUGUCUGUUAGUCCAUCCUGCGCCUCCAGCAACUCCCACAGGAAUUAUUCUUUCCGACGAGGCUCUGUGUGGUCAGUCCGCUCAUUAGCCAGUGCUGAAGAUGAAGAGAAUACGACAGAACACACACCCACACACCACAUGGUACAGCCACCACAGGCAGUCUUUCCAGCAUGCAUUUGUGCUGCCGUGCUCCCAAUCGUGCACCUCAUGGAGGACGGUGAGGUUAGAGAGGACGGUGUAGCUGUGAGUGCAGUUGCCCAGCAAAUCUUGUGGAACUGCCUCAUUGAGGAUCCUGCCCUUGUUCUGCGUCAUUUCCUGGAGAAACUCACCGUGAGCAACCGGCAGGAUGAGUUGAUGUACAUGUUAAGGAAGCUGCUGCUUAAUAUUGGAGACCUUCCAGCACAGACCUCCCACAUCCUUUUCAACUACUUGGUGGGCUUGAUCAUGUACUUUGUGCGGACACCCUGCGAGUGGGGGAUGGAUGCCAUCUCAGCUACGCUCACCUUCUUGUGGGAAGUGGUGGGCUAUGUAGAAGGGCUAUUCUUCAAGGACCUGAAGCAGACCAUGAAGAAGGAACAGUGUGAAGUCAAGCUGUUGGUCACUGCGUCCAUGCCAGGAACCAAGACUCUGGUGGUCCACGGACAGAACGAGUGUGACAUCCCGACGCAGCUGCCAGUCCAUGAAGACACACAGUUUGAAGCUUUGCUUAAGGAAUGUCUGGAGUUCUUUAACAUUCCAGAGGCUAGGUCAGCACAUUAUUUUCUUAUGGACAAACGGUGGAACCUCAUCCAUUAUUCCAAGACAUACGUAAGAGACAUCUACCCCUUUCGGAGGUCAGUCUCACCACAGCUCAACCUUGUUCACAUGCUUCCUGAGAAAGGACAGGAGCUUAUCCAGAAACAGGUGUUUUCCCGCAAACUGGAGGAGGUAGGCCGAGUGCUCUUCCUUAUCUCCCUUACUCAGCAUAUGCCAGCGGUCCAUAAACAGUCCCACGUCUCACUGCUCCAAGAAGACCUUCUCCGCCUGCCAUCUUUCCCGAGAACUGCUAUUGAUGCCGAGUUCUCCCUUUUUAAUGAGACACAGGGUAAGGAGCUAUUCGGCUUAGACACCCUUCACAAGGUGUUGUGGAUUAAGCUUCUUGAAGAGAUGUUCCUGGGCAUGCCCAGCGAGUACCCGUGGGGAGAUGAGAUGAUGCUGUUCCUAAAUGUUUUUAAUGGGGCGUUACUCCUUCACCCGGAAGACAGCGCCCUCCUCAGACAGCAUACAGCCACUGCGAUCAACACUGCCGUACACUUCAAUCAUCUGUUCUCACUGAGUGGCUAUCAGUGGAUCUUGCCAACUAUGCUACAGGUGUAUGCAGACUACGAGGGCAACCCUUUAUUGAGACAAGGGAUCGAAUUUUGCUGUCGCCAGUUCUACAUCCUCCACCGCAAGCCCUUUAUCCUGCAGUUGUUUGCCAGCGUAGCGCCAUUGCUAGAAUUCAAUACAAGCACCAGUAGUGGACUUUCCAAGGGAGUGUCUGCUCAGUGUUUGUUCGACCUUUUGGUCUCUCUGGAAGGUGAGACUCAGGAUGCCCUGGAUGCACUGGAACUUGUCAAGGCUGAGAAACCACUGCGCUCUCUUGAUUUCUGCUACGGUAAUGAGGACUUGGCCUUUUCAAUUAGUGAGGCCAUCAAGCUGUGUGUCACCGUGGUAGCGUAUGCACCUGAAUCCUUCAGGAGUCUCCAAAUGUUGAUGGUGCUGGAGGCCCUGGUCCCAUGUUAUCUCCAGAAGCUGAAGAGCAACACAAUGACUAUGGAGUCAGCCUCGGCUGCCAGGGAUGAGAUUGCAGCUAUUGCUGCUCUGGCCACGUCAUUGCAAGCAUUGCUUUACAGCUCAGAGGCCCUCACAAGGCCCAUGACGGCACCACAGAUAUCCCGCUGUGAUCAAGGCCAUAAAGGAGGAACCACUGCCAAUCAUACAAUGUCAGGCGGCAUCAACACAAGGGACAACCUCCACUUACUGGAAGAGGGCCAGGGCAUGCCAAGGGAAGAGCUGGACGAGCGCAUCGCAAGGGAGGAAUUCCGUCGACCUCGAGAGUCUAUGCUGAACAUCUGCACUGAAUUCUAUAAGCAUUGCGGCCCGCGUCUGAAGAUCCUGCAGAAUGUAGCUGGUGAGCCACGAGUGACGGCGUUGGAGCUUCUCGAUAUGAAGUCCCACAUGAGGCUGGCCGAGAUUGCCCAUGCCCUUUUGAAGCUGGCGCCAUAUGACACCCUGACCAUGGAGAGCCGAGGCCUACGCCGGUACAUCAUGGAGAUGCUGCCCAUCACUGACUGGUCUUCUGAGGCCGUGCGUCCCGCUCUCAUCCUCAUCCUCAAGAGGCUCGACCGCAUGUUCAACAAGAUUCACAAAAUGCCCACGCUCAGGUGCGCUCGCCCACAGGCAUUGUGCACCAGGAGACAGGUGGAGUGGGAAGCAGCCAGUAACCUGAUUGAGGGCAUAUGUCUGACUCUGCAGCGACAAUCAAUCAUCUCCUUCCUCCCACACCUUCGCUCCCUCAUCAACGUCUGUGUCAAUUUGGUUAUGGGUGUGGUGGGUCCAUCCAGUGUAGCAGACGGUUUACCUCUGCUUCACCUCAGCCCUUACCUCUCACCGCCACUCCCUUUCAGUACAGCGGUGGUCCGGUUGGUCGCCUUACAAAUUCAGGCUUUGAAAGAAGACUUCCCUCUGAGCCAUGUGAUCUCACCUUUUACCAAUCAGGAGAGGCGAGAGGGGAUGCUGCUAAAUCUGCUCAUUCCCUUUGUUCUCACUGUCGGGUCUGGAAGCAAAGACAGCCCUCACCUUGAGCAGCCGGAAAUCUUCCUGCUGCUGCAGACAGUCAUCAACAUUCUGCUGCCUCCACGCAUCAUCUCCACAUCCCGCACCAAGAACUUCAUGCUGGAUGCUUCGCCGGCUCACUGCUCUACCCCCGGUGAUACGGGAAAGGAUCUGCGCAGGGAGGGUUUGGCUGAGUCCACCAGCCAGGCAGCAUAUCUGGCUCUGAAAGUGGUAUUAGUGUGCUUCGAACGCUCGCUGGGGAACCAAUGGUACCGUCUAAGUUUGCAAGUUAAGGAGAUGGCUCUCAGGAAGGUGGGCGGCCUGGCUUUCUGGGACUUCAUUGACUUCAUCGUGCGAACCCGCAUCCCCAUUUUUGUUCUACUGAGGCCCUUCAUACAGUGCAAGCUCUUGACGCAACCAGCAGACUCUCAGGAAGAGAUCACAGCACGUCAUCAUAUCGCCGACCAGCUAGAGCGACGCUUCAUCCCACGACCUCUGUGCAAGAGCUCGCUGUUUGCAGAAUUCAACAACGAACUCAAAAUCCUCAAAGAGGCUGUCCACAGCGGCUCUGCGUACCAGGGAAAGACGUCCAUCAGCACAGUGGGCACUUCCACAUCAGCUUACCGCCUCAGUUUGGCCACAAUGUCGCGCUCCAACACGGGUACUGGCACAGUUUGGGAACAGGACAGCCAGCCAUCACGCCAGCCAUCCCAGGACACGCUCAGUCGCACUGAUGAAGAUGAUGAAGAGAAUGACUCCAUAAGUAUCCCCAGUGUAGUGAGUGAACACGAGGCGUUUUUGCCCAGACUUAUAUCGGAACGCCGAUUCUCCAGCCAUGCCACCGGCUCAGCCACUCUGCAACCCGAAGCACCCCGAAGCACAAUGCUUCCCAGCCACAGUGAACCCAAUGUGCUAGAUGAGUCCCAGGGCCUUCUGCAGGAGGGCAACCUCUCUAGGGUUGCCAGCGUACAGAGCGAACCUGGACAGCAAAACCUACUCAUUCAGCCUCCGCUGGGAAGGAAGCGAGGCCUCAGACAGCUGCGGCGCCCCCUGUUGUCCAUUCCAAAAACUGAGCCACGUGGUCGUUCAGGAGCUCGUCUUUCCACAACGCGCCGGAGCAUCCAACCCAAAAACAAACCACUGGAAACUUUAUUGGACUGUGAAGCGUCGCAAGGAGACCAAAAGAGAUCGGUCACCUUCACCGAGACGCGGAGCCAGCAAGCGUGCGCCGGAGCCGGGAAGCCUUCCAGUCCGAGCGGCAAAGAUGUUCUAGUUGAGGGCAGGAAGGCCAACCCUGCCACAUCCAAGCCCCCAAUGCUGGAAGUGCCCUCUGCCUCAUCGGCCACCGUCAUCGCCGACCUGCACAGCCCUGCCAAAACACAGGUUGCUCAGAGUAUGACUAUCAAGGAGAAACGAGAGCAAUGGGGCCUCCGCAGCAGCCUUUCCCCACCCACCUCCAUCUCUCGUGCUUCGACCCCAACACCACCACCUCAUCCCUGCUCACCCCUUACCCUGUCAAGAACCAGCUCCCCUUUGUCGCGCACCUGCUCUCCUCUUCCUCCACCCCUCCCAGUGCUGAGUACGGCACCGUCCCCCGGGCCACCUCAGCCGCCCGUUCUCUCUCUCCCACCAAGCCCACUUGUUGCUCCGCCAACGGCCAGCUGCAACCGAGAGAGUCCCGGGGACGCGGAUACCACCGCACUCCUGCCACAAAGUAACACCCUGCUUCAACUAAGUGAAGACGAGGGCACAGAAAACCCUCUCCUCACCCCACUCUUGACCACAUCCUCACCUCAGCACUCACCUUGCCGAAUUCCUCUUUCUCCUGGUGACUUGGACUUGGGUGAGUCACAUGUGUAA